AUGGUCCAGGUGGCGUCGACGUCGGCCAGCGACAGGUUUAAUUCUGUCAACAUCCCAUCGUCCUCAGCCAUCAGUCUGGAUACGGAUAUAGUGCUGUUGGAGGGGAUAGUAGAACGGAGAAAGAAAGUCCUAGGUGCGAACCAUAUCGAUACUCUCGACAGCAUGCAUCGUCUCGCCACCUCGUACGCAAAACACAAGGCGAGCAGCAAGGCGCUAGCGCUCAUCACCAAAGUCGUGGAUGGGAGAAAGAGGGUUCUUGGUCACACACAUAGCGAGACAUUGCGGUCUAUACACGUCCUCGCCGGCGUCUACGCGACGCUCGGGCGCUACACGGACGCUGUGAUCACGUUUGAGGAGGUCGUCCAGCUGCGACGGAGGACCUUAGGACCGCAUAAUGUCGACACCGUGGACAGCACGUCCCACCUCGCGGUCGUAUACGCGAAGCUAGGCCGCCACGUCGAGUCCGCGGAAUUAUACGAGGAGGUCGUUGAAGGCAGGGAGGCAGUUCUCGGGAUCUCCCACGUCGACACACUCAGGAGCGCACAUUUCCUGGCGGCGGUGUAUAUGGAGCUCGGCCAGAGUGUGUUGGCUGUGGAAUUAUUACGGGAAGUCGUGGCGAGGCGGAUGGAGGUGCUGGGCCUCGAUCAUGUUGAUACGCUGUCCAGUAAGGAUCGUCUCGCACGGGCGUUGUUCCAACUUCAUCGCUAUGGUGAGGCGGCAGUUUUAUGGGAGGACGUCGUCGAGGAGAGAAAGCGGAACCCCGGUGUCGAAGACAUCGACACCCAAGAGAGUAUGACUGGCCUGGGCACCGCCUACGUCCAUUUAAGCAGGCACGGCGACUCCGUGAGGCUCCUAUCGGAAGUAGUAGGUGUGAGGGAGAGAAUGCUCGGUAGCGACCACAAGGACACGUUAGCGAAUAAGGAGGACCUGGCACGCACUUAUCAGCAGCACGGUGUGUACGCAGAAGCCGUCUUGCUAUACACACAGGUGGUAGAAGCCAGGCUGAGGACGACUCCUCCCGGUUCCAAGAGCGUCGAUACGUUAUGGAAGAGCAUACACGACCUCGCCGGCGCACAUAUUAGCCUUAGGCAGUUCAGAGAGGCCGGCGGCCUGUUGGAAGAGGUAGUGCAGGAGCGGAAGAAACUCCUUGGAAUCUGGGACGCGGACACGCACUCGAGUAUGAGGAUGUUAGCGAGGGUAUAUCGCACACUGGCUUUGCAUGGCGAUGCGAUCCUUGUUGAGACUGAGCUACAAGAAGGAGAAAUGAUAGGAUUCUAG